GAGACACCGGAUCAGACAGCAGACACACCCUGCCGUUUACACCAGUCAGGCUGCACAUGGUACUCCGUCGCUACUCAUCCUUUACCCCGGAGGGUCUGCGAGCCACACACCGCAGACAGACUUACACUCUGCUAGUACCCCAAGACUGACAUCAUGGGUACUUUAAACCAUCCUUUCGCAAAAGAUCUCGGAGAUGGCUGCACUCAUCUUCUGCUUGAGGUGGAGAAAACAGACAGGCUGCCUUUCAGAAAGAGGAAGGUGGAGCCGAGAGGAUUCUUCAUUAGCAGAGAGAAGAACCUGUCUUUGAGUUUUCUGCUCCUGCUGGUCUGUUAUGCUGCUCUGCUCUUCCCAGCUUUUUGGAUCAGUGCAGAGUCUACAAGGAAGAAUGAAAGGACAUCUGAAGGAAUCAUGGCCCUGCUCAACCAAUCAGCUGCCCUGCUGUCACAAGAUUGCCGGCAGGGUUGGAUCGGGAGUCGCCUCCGUACCACGCCCACGCAGCCGGCCCUACCCAAGAUACCAGUGUUCCUUGAGAAUGGGUCCGAGGUAUGGAGGCUCCCCCCACCUCUGGGUCUGCAGGGCAGUGAGGAGGUGGCAGCCAGGACGUUGUGGACGCUGCCUGACAACGGCCUCCCUGCCCUGCUGGGCUCCAAGGCGUGCAAGCGCUGUGUGGUGGUAGGGAGCGGUGGGGUCCUGUACGGCAGCCAGCUGGGGGCUCACAUUGAUCAGUAUGACAUCGUCAUCAGAAUGAACAAUGCCCCUGUCUUUGGCUUCGAAAGAGACGCCGGUUCCAGAACCACCAUCCGCAUGAUGUACCCAGAAGGGGCUCCAGACUCCUCAAGAGAGUAUGAAGGCACUGUUAUAGUGGCUUUGGUGGUCUUCAAGAGCUUAGACUUGAAAUGGCUCACGUCUGUGAUCACCGGGAAGCCUCUGAACUGGUGGUCCAAGCUCUGGUUCUGGCGGAACGUCGUGGAAUACGUCCCCCUGAAGCCAGAAAACUUCCGGAUCCUCAACCCUGAAAUCAUGCACCAGACUGGCCUGCAAUUACAGCUGUAUGCCAAAACGCAGAAAAAGACGGUGCCUACGUUGGGCGCCAGCGCCGUGAUGGUGGCCCUGCAGCUGUGUGACACGGUGAGCUUGGCUGGCUUCGGCUAUGACCUGCAGCAUCCCCGGACGGCCCUACACUACUACGAAUCCCUUCACACGGACGCCAUGCAGGCUCAGCUGGUGCACGAUGUCAGCGCUGAGACCAGGUUCCUGAAGGAGCUGGUGAGGAAGGAGGCCGUGUGUGACCUCACGGGGGCGCUACAGGGAGCACCUUGAGGAGAAAGACUGGAACCCAAGGCU